UUUACAACAAUGCAGAAACCCAGCGAGAGGCAAUGGUCCAAAUCAUGUGUGGAAGGAAAGAGCCGACUUGUCCCACCUGCACCUGCCUGCUUUCUCGUGCCAACAGGACUGGAGGCAAAAGGAAAGAGGGACCUGGGUUAGAUCUUGUAGUGGGCUGGACUGCGACUGCCUCCAACCACGACUCCCAGGUCGUCAUCUUAGGCUUCCAUGCUCCAUUUCUCUCUCAACACCAACUUACCUUCUCAGUGUACGGAACAGGAACCCAAAGCCCAAUUGGCAGAAAUCAAGGAAGUUGACCAAGGAUAUAUAUCUGCAUAUUCUUGACUUCAAAAUUGGCACGACGAUCUUGUCGAUUAGCUUCUCUUCCUCCACCGGGUCGACCCUCGAACUCGCCUUGACCAGCACAUCAACCACCCACCCAGUUAGGAGUUUAUGCGCCUAAUUACCUCAGGCCUGAGUCCAAAUUCCAGACCCUUCCCAGAAGGGCAAACUCUCCGUUCCAACCCAAUGACGUCGAAGGCUUGCUGACCUCAUCGUUGCGCAUCUUUUCCCUCUGACCUCUCUUUUACUCUUCUUUUCCUUGUCUUCCGGGGCCCACUUCGGCCGUUUCUUAUGCAUUUCUGGCAUCGGCAUCGAUUGCGGUUCGCCUGGAAGAAUGAGAUAGGCUGAGGAAGAAUUCUCAAAACCACCGUACAAAGUCACAAUGGUCUUUCGCAGAAGAAUCCGGAUGCUUUUGGAAUCUCCCCGCCAGAGACCAUCGUUCGCCACUUGAUUCGUCGCGUGACGAUCGCAAAAACGUGCCUUUCCAUUCUCCCGCUGGCCAGGUAUGCUACUUUGUCCCAGCUACCGACUCAGCCAGAUAGUCAUUUAUCUGUCAUUAUGAUGACCCGUUGCUGCCCGGGGACAUCUGGCCCUAUCGGUCUAGCCCACCGCAGUUCUGCGCCGGUCUUCUCCAAUCUGCCCUUUAUUGUCAUCAUCUCGUGGCGACACCCUAACCUUCUUCCCCCUUCCCUCUAAAGAGUCUAUAAUAUAUACAACACCCUAGUAUUUGCUUUUUCUCAGUCUCCUCGUCUCUCCCAUGCACAUAUAUCCUACGAACUAGCCCAUCAAUUCUCAUUUCCAAUCGACUGCCCACAGGCUCCUCCACUACUGUCCCUUUGAUCCGCGUUUCUCCAUUUCUCUACAGGUCCGCGGGGAAACCCAUCGAGUAUCCUCAACAUCAGGGAGUCCAGCUCAAAGGACAAAAGGAGUAUUUUCUUGUCGCCAAUCCACUUGAACACUCAUAGAAAAGCUCCCAGCAUAGGAAUUCAAAUCAAUUCACCUCUAUCGUUGACUGAGACGGUCAUAGAAAGCGAUCCGAUCUGAGCCGGAAUUGGCUGCCCAGUCAAGACCAUGACUUCUCUCAUCUUCGGCUCCAUCUAUCUCGGCCACAAAGGCAUUGUACAGCAUAAGCGCGAAAAACAGCGCGUGAAGAACUAUCAGAGGUGGGAAGGACUCCGAGACGAGUACGAUGAACAACGACGAAUCGGGCGAGAGACUCGCUCGUUGGAUAUUCAGCGCACCGGCACCGACAUUGACCAAGGCUCCAUCGAAGACCGACCCAUCCUGACCUUACGCGACCAGCAGGAAGCCAAUGAUGCCCGAACAGGUUGGCGGCCACAAGAGUCAUGGAAUGAUCCUCCAUCUGACAAUCGACGUGCGAGCGUCGAAGUCACUGCAGGCUCGAAUCUGAGACCUGUUCUCAAGCAUAAAACCGGUUCCACUUGGGACGAGGGCAUUCCAGAUCGCCUUCCCGUCAGUCGACGCAACUGGGACGAGUACAAGCCUUCCAACUUGAGCGGCAACGUCAGUCGCAGCGGUAGUGUCAGUAAUAGAGCCGCAUCCGGCACACCCGUACGGACGCAAAGUGUCAGCCAGUCACCACCGCCUGAGUCAAAGAGCGCGUCUCCGCUUCCUGUACAAGAUUCUAACCGCCCAUUGAAUACUUCUACGCCCUCUCGCCAGGAUGAAGCAGACGUGAUUGAAAAUGAGACUCCGGGAGGUCGCAUGGCAGAAUUGAUUGAACUUGGCAAUGCUAUCAACAAUAGUGGUUCCAACUCGCCACUACCAAACUCCAAUCCGAUCUCAUCACCCGUCCGCCCACACGCCCACAUGUACUACUCUUCCCCAGCAACCAUGUACUCUCCGCCUUCGCAGACUCCGUAUAGUCAAGCGUCAACGACUCCAUUUGGUGUCCCCUCACAAACUCCAUUUGGUCAACCGACACCUCAAUCCCCCUUCUCACCAAUCCAGCAGACGAACUUCCCUCAACAUCAGCUAUCUUUCCAAGGGUACCAGCAGGGCUCUUAUGGGGUUGGACCAUCCGCAACCCCACCAGUAAUGCCACAGCCUGACGGCAGCAUGCGCGAGUGGUGGAAUAGAGGAUGAGAUCACGAUUGGUCCAAUGACCGGGGAGGAGAAGAGCACCAUCUUUUCUUGACCACGCUUUGAACGGAGCCAUGUGGUUGGAUUGUUAGGCUUUCUCGUUUUGAUCUUCGACAUUUUCAUAAUUUUAGGGUUCAUUGCAGCGAAGCGACAUUUACCGAAGCGAGCGGUGUCUGGGCGUUACUGGGGAAUAUGAAUGAAUGAAUGAAUGACGGAUUUGGGGUAUGAUAAGAUGAGCAAGCUUUUUGUUGUAUGAUCGCUCUUGAUCGUAAAUUCGAGGUUGUUAGAGAUGCGAAUCAUUGUCUCCAUCUCACAAGAUAAGCGUGUAUAUUUCGAAACAAGUCUUAUUAGAUGAGUGGAAAUAGACGCGAAUACGAAUAUGAACAAAGAACUUCAACCUAGA